AUGUCAGCAGCGCCAGCAAUCACGCAAGCGCCACCACCGGCCACUGAUGUCAACGACACGCCCCGGAGCAGCUCAACAUCGACAGAUGACGUCUCGACGCUGAAGCCUGCCGCCCAGGCAUCGUGGAAGAAGAAGAACAGCAGUCAGAAUGGACAGAUCAACCGCACAGCAUCACCAAAAAGGUCAAAGACGUUCUGGAAAUCGUUCAAGUACCUCCACGACCUCACGCCAAAACAAGUCGAUGACUACAUGGCGUCAUACGUCAUCUACGGUCUGGACUGGGCGGAUGAGCAACAAAUGAUCGAUACCCUUGGUCCCAAUUACCGCGAAAAAGUCGGCGACUGCUUACAAGCAUACUAUGGCGUUCUCAAUCACCUUUGCGCCUUGGGUGACGUGGAGAAGAUGUAUAUCCCGCCCUUGAUGGACAAGAAGGCUUCCGUGCUGGAUAACCAGAUGCUGUACGAGGAGUCCAUCGCGCGAGACAUCGGUCUCAAGGCGGGGGACAGGGUCCUCGACCUCGGAUGCGGUCGGGGCCGCGUCGCAGCCCACAUGGCCGUCGUGAGCGGCGCGAAAGUCACGGGUCUGAACAUCGACCCGAACCAGGUCGCGCAGGCGAAAGAGUUCAACGAGCAGAUGGGCCUGGAAAACAGCUUCACGAUCCAGGACAUGAACGAGCUCCCGCUCCCCUUCGAGGACGACUCCUUCGACGCCUUCUACCAGAUCCAGGCGCUGAGCCUGUGCAAGGACCUGCCGAGGCUGUUCGGCGAGCUGCGCCGCGUGCUGAAGCCGGGCGCCAAGAUCUCGCUGCUGGACUGGGUUAGCCUGCCGGCGUACGACCCCACCAACCCGGAGCACGCGGAGCUGAUGCGGAGGACGAAGCCCCUCAUUGGAGCCGUGGGGACGCCGACGCCGCAGACUUUCGAGAAGGCGCUUACGGAUGCCGGGUUCACCGUGUUGAGAUCGGACAACGCGAGUAUCGAUGGGCUGCAAGCGCCGCUGAUCGACAAGGCGGACGUCUACUUCCGUAGCUUGAGGCAGGUCAUUCUCGGGCUUGUGAAGGUGAGGUUGUUGCCGCCUCAUUUCAAGACGCUCAUCAACCGGUUGUGCCUUGAUGGGCAGGCGUUUGUGAAGAUGGACAACAUGAGGCUUGUGUCGACGAGUUAUCGGAUUAUCGCGCAGAAGAACUAG